GUAAUCAUGUCACUAGCCAGUGUUGUGCGGCUUGCUGCCUCCUGCUCAGGAAGAACUGUGUCUCGUUGUAGCCUUCAGUUUCUUGGUCUGACACAGAGCAGCUUUGCGCACAAUGUUAUCUCUCAACCACCCAUAAAAUCACAUAUCCGGCUUUACGCCUCGAGGUCUAAGACGAAAUCUACUGCAGACUUGGUCCCGGGAUCCAAACAAGCUCUUACAUCCGAGGCCGCUCGCCUGGAAUACGGAAAAUCCGAUGCGAAGAUGAGUGCCGCUGUUGAGUGGUACCGCAAGGAGGUAGCUGGCCUAGAGACUCGUGCAAGUGGUCGCGUUACCCCAGCUCUUCUCUCGCCAGUACGCAUAGAACUUCCAGGCAAAGGAAAGGAACUUGUGAAACUCGAGGAAGUGGCCACUGUUGGUGUUCGAGAUGGCUCAACUUUGAUUAUCACGGUGUUUGAAGAACAUAAUCUGAAAGCAAUUGAACAAGCCCUAUACGCUGCGAAGCUUCCGAAUAUCGUUCCUCAAAGACAGGAUUCCACGACAAUCAAGAUACCUAUACCUAGGCCAACAGUUGAAGCACGCAAUGCACUGACUGCAACUGCUCAGCGAAUGGCAGAGGACACUCGGGUGCAACUUCGAAAGAUACAGCAGGCCAGUAUCAAAAAGGGCGACUACAAAAAACACUCGAUCGAACUUGAAGAAUUUCAGAAGCUCGCAGAUAGGAACACUACUGAAGUAGACAAGAUUCUAGCAUAUAUGAAAAAAUCAACCGGGACCCGGUAGGGGUGUCCGGAGGAGCCAUACCCUGACAACACCUA